AUCCCAGCAAGUGCACAGUGGAGCAGAUCUUGGUCUUAGGCCUAAGGAAGACGCCAUCUUCUGUGACUACUCACUCAUCUGGUAGCUGAAUCUUGCUCUCUUUAAAAACGUCGUCCUUCCAAAGUUGCCUGCCAUGCCGACCGCCAUUAGUGCGACUGUGGCCCCGAGGACAGGGGCUGAGCCUAGGUCCCCAGGACCUGGGCCCAGGUCCCCAGGGCCUGGGCCUCACCCAGCACAAGGAAAGACCACUGAGGCUGGGGGUGGACACCCAGGUGGCAUCUAUUCAGCCAUCAUCAGCCGCAAUUUCCCAAUUAUUGGAGUGAAAGAGAAGACCUUUGAGCAGCUCCACAAGAAGUGCCUGGAGAAGAAAGUUCUCUAUCUGGAUCCCGAGUUCCCGCCAGAUGAGACCUCUCUCUUUUACAGCCAGAAGUUCCCCAUCCAGUUCGUCUGGAAGAGACCUCCGGAAAUUUGUGAGAAUCCCCGAUUUAUCAUCGGUGGAGCCAACAGGACUGACAUCUGCCAAGGAGAUCUAGGGGACUGCUGGUUUCUUGCAGCCAUUGCCUGCCUGACCCUGAACGAGCGACUGCUUUUCCGAGUUAUACCCCAUGAUCAAAGUUUUGUUGAAAACUAUGCGGGGAUCUUCCACUUCCAGUUCUGGCGCUAUGGAGACUGGGUAGAUGUGGUCAUUGAUGACUGUCUGCCAACAUACAACAAUCAGCUGGUUUUCACCAAAUCCAACCACCUCAAUGAGUUCUGGAGCGCCCUGCUGGAGAAGGCUUACGCUAAGCUCCAUGGUUCCUAUGAAGCUCUAAAAGGUGGGAACACCACCGAGGCCAUGGAGGACUUCACGGGAGGGGUGACGGAGUUUUUUGAGAUCAAGGACGCUCCCAGUGACAUGUACAAGAUCAUGCGAAAGGCCAUCGAGAGAGGUUCCCUCAUGGGCUGCUCCAUCGAUACAAUUGUUCCUGUGCAGUAUGAGACGAGAAUGGCCUGUGGGCUGGUCAAAGGUCAUGCCUAUUCGGUCACCGGGCUGGAGGAGGCCCUGUUCAAAGGCGAGAAGGUGAAGCUGGUGCGGCUGCGGAACCCCUGGGGCCAGGUGGAGUGGAAUGGCUCUUGGAGUGAUGGCUGGAAGGACUGGAGCUUUGUGGACAAAGAUGAAAAGGACCGUCUCCAGCACCAGGUUACUGAAGAUGGAGAGUUCUGGAUGUCAUACGAAGACUUUGUCUACCAUUUCACAAAGCUAGAGAUCUGUAACCUCACAGCGGAUGCCCUGGAGUCUGACAAGCUCCAGACCUGGACGGUGUCUGUAAACGAGGGUCGCUGGGUGAGGGGCUGUUCAGCCGGAGGCUGCCGCAACUUCCCAGACACUUUCUGGACCAACCCGCAGUACCGUCUAAAGCUCCUAGAGGAGGAUGAUGACCCCGAUGACUCUGAGGUGAUCUGCAGCUUCCUGGUGGCUCUGAUGCAGAAGAACCGGCGCAAGGACCGGAAGCUGGGAGCCAACCUCUUCACCAUUGGCUUUGCAAUCUACGAGGUUCCCAAAGAGAUGCAUGGGAAUAAGCAACACCUACAGAAGGACUUUUUCUUGUACAACGCCUCCAAGGCCAGAAGCAAAACCUAUAUCAACAUGCGGGAAGUGUCCCAGCGCUUCCGCCUGCCCCCCAGCGAGUACGUCAUUGUGCCUUCCACCUACGAGCCCCAUCAGGAGGGGGAGUUCAUCCUCCGGGUCUUCUCUGAGAAGAGGAAUCUCUCUGAGGAAGCUGAAAACGCAAUCUCUGUGGAUCGGCCAGUGAAAAAGAAAAAAAACAAGCCCAUCAUCUUCGUUUCAGACAGAGCAAACAGCAACAAGGAGCUGGGUGUGGACCAGGAGGCAGAGGAGGGCAAAGACAAAGCAGGGCCCGAUAAGCAAGGGAAAGCCCCACAGGCACGGCCUGGCCACACAGACCAGGAGACUGAGGAGCAGCAACAGUUCCGGAACAUCUUCAGGCAGAUCGCAGGAGACGACAUGGAGAUAUGUGCAGAUGAACUCAAGAACGUCCUUAACACAGUGGUGAACAAACACAAGGACCUGAAGACACAAGGGUUCACCCUGGAGUCUUGCCGAAGCAUGAUAGCUCUCAUGGAUACAGAUGGCUCUGGGAGGCUGAAUCUGCAGGAGUUCCAUCACCUCUGGAAAAAGAUCAAGGCCUGGCAGAAAAUCUUCAAACACUAUGACGCAGACCAUUCCGGCACCAUCAAUAGCUAUGAGAUGCGAAACGCAGUCAACGAUGCAGGCUUCCACCUCAACAGCCAACUCUAUGAUAUCAUCACCAUGCGCUAUGCAGACAAACACAUGAACAUCGACUUUGACAGUUUCAUCUGCUGCUUCGUCAGGCUGGAAGGGAUGUUCAGAGCGUUCAAUGCAUUCGACAAGGAUGGAGAUGGCAUCAUCAAAUUGAAUGUUCUUGAGUGGCUGCAGCUUACCAUGUAUGCCUGAACCAGACUGGCCUCAUGCAAGAUCAACCAGGACUCCAACCCAACCCAGCUAGAGCCAUUGACCACAAAGAAUCCGGUAGCUAAACCUCCACCAAGCCUAGGGGGCUUCUGGUCUUGUUCCUUCUCCACUAUGCCCCAAAUCUUGGUGUCCAGCCUGAUGCUUGGGAGAAAACUCUGCCACCUGAAGGCUAGUGUCUGCCAGUCCUAGAUGCAGCCUCACUGCUGAUUCUGAACUGCCCACUUAGCUUGCACUGGGCUGUCUACAGUACCUGCUAGAGGUACUCACCCACACAGGAGCCCAGUCACCACGUCUACACCCAGUUCUGCCAGUUUUAGGAUAGGUUUACUCUGGGCUAAGCAGGGCUGAUACUUUGGGGUAUCUGACAAUUUGGCUGGGUUCUGAAAAAAAGCUAUCUAAAUAAAGGCACAUGUAUGGCUGGU